GCGUCCUCCCGCGGAGGGGUGUAAACAGGCCCGGUGACGGCCGAGCUGCGGCCCUGCUGCAUCCUGGUGUCCGGCAUGCUUCGGGCGGGCCCGGACGGCCCAGCCGCGAGCUCAGCGCCCACCUGAGCCUUUAGAUUGUUUCCAUUCGUAACCUGAAGCCUGAGCCCUGUGGUGGUUUCUUUUUUUUAAUAGCUUGACGUCGAUGGCCCAAAAUGACUCUACCACUGGAGACUCUCUUCAGUAAAAAAGACAACCAGACAGGAGGCUGGGAUGAGCAUGCCACUGCAUCAGAUCUCUGCCAUUCCAACCCAGGAUGUCGCCUCUGCUAGAGUCUACAGAAGUAAGACCAAAGAAAAGGAGAGGGAAGAGCAGAAUGAGAAGACUUUGGGACAUUCCAUGAGUCAUUCAAGUAACAUUUCUAAGGCUGGGGGUUCUUCACUGGCGUCGGCUCCGGUGUCCGCCUUCCCUCGCUCUUCUGUCACGCCGUCCAAUCAGGACAUCUGCAGUUCCAGGGCAGUGUGUUCUGAGUGUUGUCACCACAGUCCCGUGCAGUCUGCUGUUGUCUUGAAAGCUCCUCCAGGCCCGAGUUCUCUGACACAAGGGCUCACUGUGACAGUUAUCUGUAAAGACACAUUGUCCAAGAGAAAUUCCUGUGGUUCCGAUUGGGCCCAGGCCUUGAAGCCUGCUGACAAUACCAAAGCCAGAAGAACACUAAAGUUCUCAAAAUCCCUAAACGAUGUGGGUGAGAAGGCCCAGGAUACUGUGGAAAGUUUUGACUACGUGGAAAGAACUUGCUCCGAAGGGAAAUUGAUCCUCCCUCCAGAUCCGGGUCUGAGAGUUAACAGGUUCCAUCAGAAGGGAAAAAGAGCGCUGCAUCACAAACCUCUUGGCAAUUCCAAACAUUCUUGUGUUUCCUCCCUUUCUGCCCAUCGGUCAACUGCCUCAGAGGCGGAAGCUGGCAAGGGGGGCAUGCACGUCCCCCUUUUGGAAGAGAAAGCGGAUGGCGAUGCCGUGUCCCGGGGCCGGCGACUGCUCCAGUACCUGUUCUCACUCUCACACGGCUCGAGCACCAGCAGCCUGCACAGGUUCCAGGAGCUGGAGAGCCGUGCCGCCCACCUGCACACCACCAAGUCCUCUAGUGGGCUGGCAGGGAGCACAGGCUUCUACUCCGAUGAAAUGGGAGACGACGAUGUCUUUGAGGACAGCACAUCUGCAAAAUGGAAGAGCAAGGUCCUGCGGGCGCCCCUCUGCUCAGUGGAGAAGGACAGUGACCUGGAUUGUCCUUCUCCCCCCUCUGAAAAAUGCCCCCCCAUCUCUCCUGUGUCCACGUCAGGGGAUGCCUGCAGGAUCUGCCACUGUGAGGGGGACGACGAGAGCCCCCUGAUCACCCCCUGCCGCUGCACGGGGAGCCUGCACUUCGUGCAUCAGACGUGCCUGCAGCAGUGGAUCAAGAGCUCGGACACGCGCUGCUGUGAGCUCUGCAAGUACGAGUUCAUCAUGGAGGUCAAGCUGAAGCCUCUGAGGAAGUGGGAGAGGUUGCAGAUGACGGCCAGUGAGCGCAGGAAGAUCAUGUGCUCGGUGACGUUCCAUGUCAUCGCCAUCACCUGCGUGGUCUGGUCCUUGUAUGUGCUCAUUGACCGUACCACAGAGGAGAUCAAACACGGACAGGCAACAGGAAUCCUAGAGUGGCCCUUUUGGACUAAACUGGUGGUUGUGGCCAUCGGCUUUACCGGCGGACUUCUUUUUAUGUACGUUCAGUGCAAAGUGUACGUGCAACUAUGGAAGAGACUCAAGGCUUAUAACAGAGUAAUCUAUGUUCAGAACUGUCCAGAAACAAGCAAAAAGAAUAUUUUUGAAAAGUCUGCACUAACAGAAGCCAACUUUGAAAAUAAAGAUGGACAUGGAAUCUGUCAUUCUGACACAAACUCUUCUUGUUGGACAGAACCUGAAGACACUGGAACAGAAAUCGCUCAUGUCUGAUUUUGUGGAGGAGUAGUUUUCCUAGACAUUGAAGAACCGCUGAAGGAAAUUGUUUACUGCCAAUUGUGUACCUUUCCUUAUGUCCUUUAAUAGCAUAGACUGGGCAGGUGACUGUUUUAAUGGCUUCUCUUUUUCUAAACCCUCCUUAGUGAAUCUUCUGGAAAGCCCUCACGUUGGCUGUGCAUGGCCGGGUUCCACUUCUGCCAGCAUUUGCAUGGGAAGGGAGGUCCCCGUGAUGCUCUAUGAUGGGAUGCUGGCUGUUCUGGCUCAUGAGCAGAAUGAGAGAAUAAAAUGCCAAACCCAAGGGAAGAGCAGGAGCAGGGUGGCACCCUGGCCUCGAAGCCUGGCCUCUCCCGGUUGGCAGCAGUCCCUACCCUAGCACAGAGUGUUCGGGAAUGUCUAGCCAUGAUGAGAGGAUUUCCCUCCUCCCCGAGAAGAGUGUGGGGAGCUGAGCCCCUCUGCCAAUGCUGCCACUGACCGUUUUCCUGAGCAGACGGGGCUGUGGUGCUCUGUGCAUGGUGGCGAGUGAUUCACUAAGCAAACAGCACUUUACAAAAAGAGAAUCUUUAUUUUGUAAUAUGUGUCCAGUGGGAUUGACAUUUAAAAGAACGUCUCAUUUAGAAGCCUUCCUUUCAUUAUCUUUUACAUUAUAAUAGAUCUAAAACCCUCUUUGCCUUAUAUAUUCUAAGAAACCCGACAUCUACUCUGUGUCCAUAAAAGGGACUUGUGGCUCUAAAGCAAGGACAAACAGAUCGGAGGCUUUUUCCUAACAUUUCAUGGGAAUUAAUGGAUGCCGCAUGGCAAUUUGAGCCUAAUUCUUGUGGUUUCAAGCCUAUUUUAUGACAAGUGUUUAUGUCACGGGCCUUCCCCAAACAUUUCUUUUUGGUCAACUUUGAAAAAGAAGGUUUUGUGAGAUCUAAACGAAAGGAAGCAAGUGAGUAAUUAGAACAAAACUGAAUAUUUAAAAACGACUCCUUUCCGGACAAACCUCUCCAGUUUGUGAGGCUUCACUGAAAGAGUAAGCGUCACUGCCCUGGCCUGGGGCGCGGCCCCAGAGGGUGCUCCUUGGGUGCCUGCCACCCUGGACGGCUUCUGCUUCGGGGGAGGUUCUGUGGAUCGCUGGCCCAGGCAGAGAGACAGAUGGGCUGGCUCUGGGACGAAGGCCAGGAGUGAGCAGCAAACUGCCAUGGCCCAUGGUCACUGCCCCCAGCCAUACCUCUACCCAUUUAUCGCCUUAACGGGACUGCACAGAAAGGAUUCUUGUGAUCAGUUCGUUCUGUCAUCAGGGAUUAUUUCCUGUACCAUUUUCAUAAGACAAAACCAAAAUCACUACCAUCAAAUGGCCUUUGUCCCUUUAAAAAGUCUGCUUAAAAUUCUGUUUUUUAAAAAUGAGUUUCACUUCACCAGGAAAAUAGGAGUCAACUCCAGGAAAAGAGGCCAGGAGGGUCUGCAGUGUAACAGGAGCGUGCCCGGGUACUUACUUUCCAGGCGACUCUGUAUUGUAAGCCUCCUCUGAGGGGAAGGGUGCCCGGGAAUCCUGCCCUCAGUCCCCUGAACCUUAGCUGACUCCCCUGUCCUGCUAAGAGGAUGAAGCAAACACAAGACGAUUCCUUUGCCUUUCAGAGUGGAAGUGCUCUGGUUUGUUUUGAAAGCCUGGAGGAGGCUGAAGUGCAUCUAAGCUCUGGGGGAGGGUAGCUUUGUCCUGCCAUCUCUUUCCAUCCUGUGUCUCAUUUGUUGGCGUCACGGACCCUGGUCUAAGGAGCCGCCGCACUGUGGCCUUCCUCUGGCCGUCCCCUGAAAAAUAGGUCAGCCUGCUCGCUCGCUCCACCUCCCAGGCUGCGUCCAUUCUGGGCCUGUGCUCACUGUGCCCCAAAGUGCAAUUACCCACACCCCUUCUCAGCCUGGGGACGGCCGGUAGCUCACAGUAUCUCCACUCAGAGUCCUGGGCCAGCCCUGCCUGUGCCCCUUAGGAGCUGCCCAGGGAAGGCCCUUGUCGCUGCCCUCUUACAGCAGAUGAGCAGUCAUAUGAAGACUGGGAUCAAUUUUUAAGUGGGAUUCCUUCCCCUGUCCCUGAUGGAACCCCUUGCACUGAACUUGAAAGUCACUAGAUUUCUGGCAGAGAGGAAAGUGUGCUUAGGUAGGGACAGCCUCUGGGCAGCCCACCUGUCACGGCUGGCACCCCCUAUUGCAGAGGUGCCUUUAUAACCCAUGACUGCUGUGUUGCUCCCGUGCCUGACCAAAUUCUCAUGUGAAACCCUCACUUCUUUUCAGGAAGGCCUAACACCAUCUCAUCACCUCCACCAAGCUCCUAAAAAAAAGCCUUCUGCCUGGGGACGGUCCAUCCCACAUCUUUCUUUCCUCGCCUGGGAUGGCACACACAUGCUCCCUUGCCUUUUUCUUUUCUCAUAGGUUGUAGUUGAGCACCUCUGAUUCCAUUCUUAGUCUCUGCUCUAAUCACUAACCCCCAGAGAUGGACCCUGGAGGCCCAAGCUCUGGAAAGGUGGUGCUCUGCUGCCAUCUAGUGGGCGCAGCGGAUCUGCCAGGGGGUUCCUUUAGUCGUAGCAGCUUGCCUUCGAGUUUUGGUGGGGGGGGCUUAUUUAUUCCCCAGUUUCCCCUCAUUCUGCACGUGGCUUUGGUGGGCAGACAACAUUUGGCUGAACCAGAGAUGUGGGAUGAGCUGGUGGUCUCAGGGCCUGGAGCCUGGUACUUGGGGGGCCAGGCCAGGAGGAGAGGGAAGUGGCUUCCUGGGUGUUGCCAGUCAGCCCUCUCUGAUUUGGCCUCUGUUCCCUCAAAAGUUGGCUCGAGCACUUCCAACUUUGGCUGCCAGCAGGAAUUUAGUUUUUGUGCCUGAGUUGAUUUUAAGAAAUUCUGGAAACUAUCAAAGGCCUCUUCCGUCUCCUCCUUUUCUGCCUCAUUCCACUCUUUUCAGUCUUAUGGGUCUGCUUUUCAGCCUUGCUGGUGUGCCCCACCUGAUUGCAGACAUGCAGGCCACAGGCAGUGGGCCAGUUCCAGAGUCGCAGGUAGGGCCUGCACAGCUGGGGCUGCUGCUGCCGCCUGUUGGGUUGGCUGCAGGGCUGGAGGGGGUCUGGGAACCACAGGGCCGGGAGCCGUGAUGCUGUGCAUUUGGCCUGAGGCAAAGAUACUUUUUGAAUACUUUCCCUUUUGAAUCUGAUUUGAAAUAUGCAGCUCCCCUCUCCAGCCCAAGGAAGGACUGGAACACAGGGAAGUAAAAGCAUUUAUUUUUGUUUUGGACAUAAUUAAGUUGUGCAGCUCUUCACCUAUUUACAGGCAAUGUUUAUAGAAAGCUGAUUGUUAAUAAAAACCAAAUUUACACUGGCA